UAAACGAGAACAUUACCCCAGAAGAAGAGUGGAAUAACAGAACUUGUUCGAAAGGGCAAACAUUCAGUACACACUUGUCCGGGCGGUCUGGCAGGCGAAGGAAUGUAGCUCGGACGUUUCUCUUUGCGAUAUUUACGAGCAGAAAAACCGUCAUUUUGCACACGGUGUGAUGGUGUCCUACAAGCGUCUGAGCCCAGAGGAGGUUCAGUUCUCCUCCUCGCUGGACGACCCUCCGGCUGCGUCUGUGGUGGAGGAGAAGGACGAGGAGAAGGACGAGGAGAAGGAGGGAGAGUCAGAGCGCCCCCUGCUGGCCAGGACCCCCCCCUGCUCCCCCACCAGUGCCCUGCUCAUCCUGGGCGGGCUGGUGCUGGCUGUGUGUGCCGUCUGGUUGCUAGGCACCAUCGUCUGGUUGAGGAGCCCCCCGGCACUGGGCCCCCACAGACACCCACCGCACCUGGCUGCUCCGCCCGGGGGACACACACCUGAGACCUGCUCCAAUACACCUGCAGAGUGGAGGUUUGACUGCUAUCCUGAAAGAGGUGUGGUUGUGACUCAGGCCUUGUGUGAGAGUCGCAACUGCUGCUUCACCCCCGUGGCGACUGCCUCCGGUAACCCUGGCAACGGUGUUCCCUGGUGCUUCUACCCCCCUGACUACCCCUCCUACUCGCUGGUUGCCCUCAACGACACGGAGACGGGACAGGAAGGAACACUGGUCCGCACGCAGGAGAGUUACUAUGGCAACGACAUCCAGACGUUGCACAUAGAACUGCUCUACGAGACCAACCAGAGACUACGUGUGAGGAUGACUAACCCUGUAGAGAAGCGCUAUGAGGUGCCCAUAGAUGUGCCUGUAGUAAAAGAGAAGGCCCCAAGCCCCUCCUACCGGGUGGAGUUGAGGAAGGACCCCUUCGGCAUCAUCGUCACGCGCGCAGACACUGGAGUUGUUCU